AUGCAGAUCUCUGUGAAGACUCUGAUGGGCAAGACCAUUACCCUUGAGGUCGAGCCCAGUGACACCACUGAGAAUGUCAAAGCCAAAAUCCAAGACAAGGAGGGCAUCCCGCCUGACCAACCGCGUCUGAUUUUCGUGGGCACACAGCUGGAGAAGGGCUGCUCUCCGUCAGACUACAAUAUCCAGAAAGAGUCCACCCUGCGCCUGGUGCUUCGUCUGCCAGGCAGCACCAUUGAGCCUUCCCUCCGCCAGCUCGCUCAGAAAUAUAGCUGCGACAAGAUGAUCUGCCGCAAGUGUUAUGCUCGCCUGCACCUCUGUGCUGUCAACUGCUGCAAGAAGAAGUGA